UAGCAGGGAGGCUGUAGUCCAGUCUGACUCUGUAGGAAGGAGCACAGCAGGCUGUCUUUUAUACCCAUACUUACAGCACAAAGAGGUGAAGGCUGCAGAGACCAUGAAGUCCACCAGGAGGCGCCCUCAGCACCAUGCCAAUGGAAAAACGUCUGAAGCUGUGGAGAAGUCAGCACAGUGGGGAAGAGCAUGGGAGGUGGACUGGUUUUCCCUGAUCAGUGUCAUCAGCCUCCUUUGCUUCGCUCCCUUCAUCGUAUUUUACUUUGUGAUGGCCUGCGAUCAGUAUGAGUGCUCCAUCAGCCAGCCUCUGUUAGAGCUGUUCCAAGGAAAGGCAACCUUGCAGUCCAUCUGGGCCCGGGCCCCCUCCUUCACAUGGACUGCUGCUAAGAUAUAUGCCAUCUGGGUGAGCUUUCAGGUUUUCCUCUACAUGUGCAUUCCUGAUGUCACCCAUAAGUUUAUUCCGGGCUACGUGGGUGGAGUGCAGGAUGGAGCUCGGACCCCUGCUGGUUUUAUUAACAAGUAUGAGAUCAACGGGCUGCAGUGUUGGAUCAUCACCCAUGCUCUGUGGUUUGCAAACGCCAAUUAUUUCCACUGGUUUUCUCCUACUAUUAUAUUUGACAAUUGGAUCCCCCUGUUAUGGUGUACUAAUAUACUGGGCUAUGCUGUGUCUACCUUUGCCUUUGUAAAGGCCUACAUGUUCCCCACUAAUGCUGAGGACUGCAAAUUUACAGGGAACAUAUUUUAUAACUACAUGAUGGGGAUAGAGUUCAACCCUCGCAUCGGGAAGUGGUUCGACUUCAAGCUAUUCUUCAAUGGCAGACCUGGCAUCAUUGCCUGGACCCUGAUUAAUCUGUCUUACAUGGCCAAGCAGCAAGAGCUGUACGGUCACGUCACCAACUCCAUGAUUCUGGUCAAUGUGCUGCAGGGGAUUUAUGUGCUGGAUUUCUUCUGGAAUGAGGCAUGGUACCUGAAGACCAUUGAUAUCUGCCAUGACCACUUUGGGUGGUAUCUGGGCUGGGGGGACUGUGUGUGGCUGCCGUACCUCUACACCCUGCAGGGCCUGUACCUUGUGUACCAUCCGGUCCAGCUAUCAGACAGUCACGCCGUCGCUGUACUGUUGCUCGGACUCGUUGGUUAUUACAUUUUUCGCUCCACCAACCAUCAGAAAGAUCUGUUCCGCCGCACGGAGGGUUCCUGCUCCAUCUGGGGGCGUAAGCCCUCCUACAUCGAGUGUUCGUACCUGUCCGCUGACGGACGCAGCCACUGCAGCAAGCUUCUGACCUCGGGGUUCUGGGGAGUGGCGCGUCACUUCAACUACACUGGUGACCUGAUGGGUUCCUUGGCUUACUGUGCCGCCUGUGGCUUUGGCCACAUUCUUCCAUACUUCUACAUUGUUUACAUGACCAUCCUGCUGGUCCACCGCUGUGUGCGAGACGAACACCGAUGCAGCAGCAAGUACGGGAAAGACUGGAUACGUUACACCGACACAGUGCCUUACAGGCUGAUUCCUGGACUGUUUUAAAGAGAGGCAGAGGAAGAGCUGGGAACGCUGGUGAAAUGACGAAUGCUUGGUUAAACGAGAUAAGCGUUGCUCCUCCCACUGAACAUUCUCCUCUGAAUUUCAGACUUCACUGCAAACUCAUCCCUGCAGCCCUCUGCCAAAAAAAUACAGUUGAUAGUUUUUGGUUUCCAUGAAAUGACAGUGUGCCAUCUUGCAGGACAUUUGAUAAAAAAAAUGUAUUUUUUCAAAAACAGCCUCAGCAAUCAUCAGAAACAAAGUUACUUGUUUAAAACACCGAACAGCAUGUUCUGCAAAGUAAGGGAUACUGCCCCUGGGGAGGUAAGGAGCCAUUGUGAUUGCAGUUUACUAAUUUGUAUUUGUGAACAAACAGAGCUCAGUCUCAAAGAUUAAACUCAGAGCAUCAGAUUGUAGCUAUGGUAAUAAAACAAUAUAACUGAAAUUUAUUCUUUGAACUUUUACAAAGUAAACUUGCCAGCUUGACAAGGUGGGGGUGUGUGUGUUAAAUGUCCUGAGGAUAAAAGGACUUACAGGUUAUCUAAUGGUCCCAUUGAAUAACAUCAAAGUUUUGAGGAUGACAGUUUUCUCAACCAAAUAUCUUCUCAAUGCCAGUGUUGGAUCUAACUUAAUUAUCCUCCUGCAGUCUGGAAAAGUUGAGUCUCAUUGAUGAGAAUCCUCCACAUUAUGUAAGUCAUAAACUGUUAUGACUUACAUAAUGUGGAGGAUUCUCAGUUUUUGUGAACUCAGUAACUGUACUGAGUUCACAAAAACUCAAUCAAAAUUCAUCCACAUUCCAGCUCCAAGGAAAUGUUUUUUUUUUCUUUUAAACAAAGUAUGUUUCCUGUAUUUUAUAAUUUCUCAGACUGACAUUGCAACCAUCCAGCAAUAAACUAAAAACAGAACUUUAAAGUUUAGUGAUGAUUUUACUUUGUUUUGACACACUAUCAUUAAGGAAAUCUAAUAAACAAUGUCCAGGCUUU